AUGCUUUACAAGGAAUUAAAGGAACUAGAGCAAAAGAUUUUCAACACCAUUCUCGAGGGAAAAUUACGAGCGCUGAAUCGCAUCAUGAAGGACCUUCAAGAUGAUAAAACCCUCGAGGUUCAAAAAGUAGCAGCAAUUGGCGAUGCUAUUUCCCAAUUCGAUGAGAUUUUGCCAGUGUUUGCCAAAGAAAACACAAUCUUUCGCGAACGUUUUUAUCAUGGUGCCCCUUUGUUUGUUCGCUUCUGUACAAUUCUGAAAGCAAUUUGCCUGAUUGCUGAACAAACGACUGACUACAACACUUCGAACCUGCAGAGUUUAAAACAAAACUACCAGGAAGUGUUGGAUUGGUACCGGAUCAAGUGCAUUGGGAGAAGGAUGGCAUCUUGUUAUGUAAAAGGGAUGUUGGUUCUUCCUGGUGUUGGUGACUGGGUUAGCGAUUGGGACAGGCAUUAUGAAAAAUAUAAGAAAUACUAUGAAGAGAGCACUUGGUUCCAAUGGAUCAAAUAUGCAGAGAACCUGGGUGGUGAAGGGUGGAGGCUGUGGUGCGGAUGGACGACGUAUUGCAACCUCAUAGACACCUGGGACACUAGAGCCCAUGACGAAGUACAAUUUGAACCCUUGGAACUAAAAAUCACCUCAGAAACGUUGAAAGGAGAAGAAGGUUAUCAUAGAGAUGUGCUAGCUGAAUAUCGAAAACGGGUUGAAGUGGUUAUGUCGAAGUUCUUCGAUGACAUCAGAAAGAGACCUCCAAAUGUGGACAUAAAGUACGGCAGGGAAACCAUCUAUUGCUUCGAUAACGAGGCCUUUCGGUUCGCAGUGGCGUCGGCACCGCCUAAUAACAUGGUGUUUGACGACAUGUUAAAACGAGACUACGAAAUUAACUGGCAAAGAUCAGUCAAAGAAUGCGAUCGACUAUUAGAGCGAAUCAUAUCCAUUCCGCCCCAUAAGGUGAUGGACACCCUAUCCUUGAAUAACUCCAAACAGAAUAUUCUGUUAUUGACUAAACCAUUGGCUGACAUUGCUAAAAACAUAUCAGAUAACGUCAAACAAUGUGAGCGGCAUAAGAAACGUAUCCAUGAAUUCACUGGCGAUAUAAAAGCCCUCUUAGAAGAAAUUUCUCGAUACGGAAAGUUGGCCAUGCUAGUUUAA